CGGCCUGCGAUUGGGGCAACGUCACCGAGGGAAGGCCGGGCUGGAGGACAGAGUUGGCCAGUGUUUGCGACAAACUGCCGAGGCAGAGGCGGCGGCUUCCGGGUUCGUAGUAAAGCAGCAGAGAGGGGGUUGGAUGUAAAUACUGGACAAUGGGUACCUUAUCACAUCACUAAAUGCUACUGGAAAGGAAAGUCUCUGUAGCAAGACAAUGGCUGGCCUCUGAACAAGAGAAUGGCAAACAGAACUCUGAGCCAAAGAACCAUCCACAAAGACGAGUCCUUGAUCUGAGAUGUGGCACCAAUGCAGGCACCUCUAACCUACACGUCAUUUAGACCCUAUUAAAAUAUAACAAUGGACCCAAGAAAUGAGAGUAUUGUUCCCAGUAUCACUCAGUUGGAAAAUUUCCUUACGGAACAUGACUCUAAUGUUGUUUGGCUCCUAGUUGCUACAAUUUUGUCCUGUGGCUGGAUUAUUUAUCUAACCUAUUACAACUCCCGGAACAUUGGAUUUGUUUUAACAUUUGUUCUUAACAGAUUAUAUAAAAAUGGCUACAUUCAUAUUGGUUCCUUUUCCUUCUCUGUCCUAUCUGGAAAAGUCAUGGUUCGAGAAAUCUAUUACAUUACACCAGACAUGUCUAUCAGAAUACAAGAUGGAUUUCUUAUAUUUCGUUGGUGGAAGAUGUACAAUCCAAAGCAGAAACAGCAUGACCCAAAGGCAGAAACAAGAUUGUAUAUCAUGGUGAAUGAUUUUGAGUUUCACAUUUACAAUCGCUCUGAAGUGUAUUCACGACUAGAGGAACUAUUUGGUUUGGAACCAACCAUAAUUCCACAGAAGAAAGAAGAAGAAAAAGCAAGAGAAGAUGGAAGGGACAGAACACAGUCAGAUAUUGGAAGUGUUAAAGCAAAAAGUGAAUCUUAUGAUCCCUCAUCAUCGUGGAGAUCUCUUAUUCCUGUCAUCAAAGUCAAUGUUAGCACUGGUCGUUUGGCCUUUGGGAAUCAUUACCUGCCUCAGACAAUCUGCAUUAACUUUGAUGAUGCUUUCUUAACUUAUACGACAAAACCACCUUCCAGUCAUCUUGAUCAGUUUAUGCACAUUGUAAAAGGAAAACUGGAAAAUGUUAGGGUCAUGCUUGUUCCAAGUCCAAGAUACGUUGGUCUUCAAAAUGAUGAACCACCGAGAUUAAUGGGAGAAGGCUUCGUUGUGAUGCAAUCCAAUGAUGUUGAUAUCUACUAUUAUAUGGAUGAACCAGGUCUUGUUCCAGGAGAAACAGAGGAAAAUAAUGAAGAAGAAACAAGUAGUGAAGACAGUAAAUUGCAAGACCUCCCCCCCUGCUGGGGUUUGGACAUAGUUUGUGGUAAAGGAACUGAUUUCAACUAUGGUCCGUGGGCUGACAGACAAAGGGACUGUUUGUGGAAAUUUUUCUUCCCACAAGAUUACCAAGUCAUGAAAAUCUCAGAAAUUCCACAGCCUGGGAAGCCACGACAGAUCCUUGCUUUUGAGCUGCGUAUGAAUAUAAUUGCAGAUGCCACUAUUGAUUUGCUCUUCACAAAAAAUAGGGAAACCAAUGCUGUACACGUAAAUGUUGGAGCAGGCUCUUAUUUGGAAAUUAAUAUUCCUAUGACUGUUGAUGAAAAAGGUUACUCUCCUACAAUUAAAGGACAACUUUUACAUGUAGAUGCCACCAGUAGUAUGCAGUACCGGACUCUCUUGGAAGCAGAAAUGUUAGCUUUUCAAAUUAAUUCUACCUAUCCCCGGAUAUGGAACAUGCCACAGACAUGGCAGUGUGAAGUUGAAGUGUAUAAAGCAACCUAUCACUUUAUCUUUGCUCAAAAAAGCUUUUUUACAGAUUUGAUUCAGGAUUGGUCCAGUGACAGUGCUCCUGAUAUCUAUGCAUUUGUCCCCUAUACAUGGAAUUUUAAAAUCAUGUUUCAUCAAUUUGAAAUGAUUUGGGCAGCAAAUCAACACAAUUGGAUUGAUUGUUCCACAAAACAACAGGAAAAUGUUUAUGUGGCAGCCUGUGGGGAAACAUUAAACAUAGACUUUUCUUUGCCUUUUGACGACUUUGUUCCAAGCAUCUGCAGUACUAAAUUCAAUUUAAGGGGAGAAGGUCUAGAUCUUCACUUAUUUCUUCCAGACUGCCACCCUAGUAAAUAUUCUCUCUUUAUGCUGGUAAAAGAUUGUCAUUCUAACAAACUAAAUCCUGAGUCUUGUAAUUCUGCUGAAGGUCAAAGUGGUCAAAAAGCAAGCAAACCGAAGUGGAGGAACAUCACUCAAGAAGAGGCUGGCUGGGUCGAAUGCUGGACUGUUCCAAGUGUUAUGCUCACAAUUGGCUACGCAUGGCAUCCAAUUUAUCCUCAGAAAGCUGAUGAGCAGUUAAAGCAAUCAUUGUCAGAAAUGGAAGGAACAAUGUUAUCUGGAUUGAGACCAUCCCAGAAGAAAUCUCCUUUAGCAUCUUCCCGCCCUCCUAUUGACCCCUCAGAGCUUCCCCCUGACAGGCUCCGUGUGGAACUGGAACUUUCUCCAGACUCUCAUAUAAUUUUAUAUGGACCUCUUUUGAAAGCCUUCCUAUCUAUAAAGGAAAAUUAUUUUGGUGAGGAUGAUAUGUACACUGACUUUGAAGAAGUGAUUUCAAGCCCUGUGCUAUCCAUGUCAACAUCUUCGAGUUCUGGAUGGACUGCAGUAGGAGUGGAUGCUGACAAGAAAGAGAAUGAGAUGUCAGGCAGGCAGGCUCAUCCCCUAACUUUGCGCCCUUGGGAUAUUACUGUGCUUGUUAAUGUGUACAAAGUGCAUGGACGACUGCCAAUGCAUUGCAGCAGUGAUGGUCCUGAAUGUCCUACAGUUUUCUUCGAAAGACUAUGCUUUGAGAUGAAAAAAGGAUACAAGGAGACAAUGUUGCAACUUGUGUUAUCACCAGUGAAUUUGUUUUUGAAUGACAACUACCAGAGACCCCCUGUGGAUGAAGUACUUCGAGAGGGACAUAUCAGUCUUUCGGGUCUGCAACUACGGGCCCAUGCUAUGUUUUCAGCUGAAGGUUUGCCACUGGGAAGUGACUUGUUAGAAUAUGCAUGGUUGAUUGAUGUGCAAGCUGGAAGUCUGACAGCUAAGGUUACGGUUCCGCAGCUUGCAUGCCUGCUUGAAUGGGGACAGACAUUUGUGUUCCACGUGGUAUGUCGUGAAUUUGAGCUGGAAAGGCCAAAAUCUGUAAUCACAUGUCAGCAUGGAAUUGAUCACCGCUUCUGUGAAUCAAAGAUGACCUGCAUCUCUGGCCCUUGUCCAACUUCUGAUGAAUUAAAGUACACUAUGACUCGCGUAGCAGUAGAUGGGGCAGAUAUGUAUAUUGUAGAGCAUGGAUGUGCCACAAAUAUAAAGAUGGGUGCUAUACGCAUUGCUAAUUGUAAUCUACACAACCAGUCUGUUCGUGAAGGUAUAAGUGCAGCCAUUCAAGACUUCCAUCUGAGACAAUACAUUGAACAAGUGAAUAAUUGCAGAGUUGGUCUUCAACCAGCAGUGCUACGAAGAGCAUACUGGCUUGAAGCAGGGUCAGUCAGUUUGGGUCUCAUCACCGCUGACAUUGCGUUAGCAGCAGACCAUCAUUCUAAACAUGAAGUCCAGAGACAUUUUUUGGAAACUCAUGACAGCAGAACUAAGAGGUUAUGGUUUUUAUGGUCAGAUGAUAAUAUAAAGAAUAAGAGAAGCAAGAACAAAUGUGGCUGUCUUGGUGGCUGUAGAUUUUUUGGUGGCACAGUGUCGGGAUUAGACUUCUUCAAGCUUGAAGAUUUGACCCCCUCAAGUAGUUCUGCUUUUUCAAGUACAAGUGCAGAAUCUGAUAUGUUUUAUGGACAAUCUUUACUACAACCAGGAGAAUGGAUUAUUACCAAAGAACUUCCAAAGACUAUAGAUGGCAAAGCAAAUGGUGUUAAAAGGAAAGAAUGGGAGUGUCGACCUAUGGGAAUAGAAUUGGAAAGAAAAUCUCAGCACCUGAAUUUACAAGUACCACUGCGAUCUCACAGUUCUUCAUCCUCUUCAGAGGAGAAUAGUAGCUCUAGUGCUGCACUUCCCUUGCUUGCAGGUGAGAGGGAAAGCCCUUCUGCAGCUGAGGACAACUUGGGGCAAAAAGAAUUCUUGGCAGGUGCAAAAAGAGAUGAUAUCCAUGGAUGUACUGUGGCAGAGGGUUCAGGAAGUAGUCCUGUAUCUCCUAACUCCCAAGAGAGGCCUGUUGGUCAAUCCCCUCUUAGAUCUCCUUUAAAACGUCAGGCAUCAGUAUGUUCUACUCGACUUGGGAGUACCAAAAGUCUUACUGCAGCCUUCUAUGGAGACAAGCAACCUGUUCCAGCUGGUGUUCAGUUUAGUAGUGAUGUUUCUUGUAGUGAUGAAAAUAUCUUGGAUUCUCCUAAGCAAAGGAGAAGCUUUGGUUCUUUCCCUUAUACCCCUUCUGCUGACUCAAAUUCAUUUCAUCAGUAUCGCUCCAUGGACUCCAGCAUGUCAAUGGCUGAUAGUGAAGCCUAUUUCUCAGCAGCUGAGGAUUUUGAACCCAUAAGCAGUGAUGAAGGUCCAGGAACCUAUCCUGGAAGAAAAAAGAAGAAAAAGCAAGCCAAGCAGAUCGAUUAUGGGAGAGGUUCUAUGUAUCACAGUGUAGAAGGACCCUUAACUACUACAUUACAUGGAGAAGCUAGUCAGGAUCCAAAGAGUUUAUCAAUGAGAACACAUCCUUCUCUAGCUUCAUUUGUUUCUGCUUUGGGGGGAGAAGAUGAACUUGUAGAACAUUUAUAUGUUAUAGAAGCUGAGAAGGCUCCAGGGAAUGAACAGAUCACUUCCCAGCAGCCUGUAAUGAACUGUUAUCAAAACUACCUUACCCAAUAUCAGGUUGUCAACUGGUCAGUAAAGCAUCCAACAAAUAAACGAACUUCUAAAUCCUCGUUACAUCGACCAUUAGACCUAGAGACUCCAACUAGUGAAGAAAGCUCAUCGUCUUUUGAGCAACUCUCUGUUCCAUCCUUUAAGAUUGUUAAACAGGGCCUCACAGCUAAUGCCCUACUGGACCGAGGUAUGCAGUUUACAGGAUCAACAUCAAACACACCAUACACACCCUUGGAAAAGAAAAUCCUUGAAAAUACAGAUGAUGAAACAAUAACAGAAGAAUGGACUCUGGAUCACCCAGUUUCUCAGACCAGAACAACAGCGAUUGUGGAAAUAAAAGGAACUGUAGAUGUUGUUCUCAGUCCACUUGUGGCAGAAGUUCUGGACAGGUAUAUAGAGGCAAUGGUUCACUGUGCUAGCACAUGCCAUCCAGCAGCUAUUGUGGAUGAUCUGCAUUUCAAGGUCCUCAGAGAAGCUGUGCAAAACAGGAAAACAACUUUCUCAGAAAAUUUAUCCUCCAAACAGGAUGUUAGAGGUUCAAAAAUAGAGACCCCUGCCACGGGAACUACUCAAGUGAAAACACAGACAAAUCUCUCUCUCAAGCAAGAUAAUGUGACCAUUAAAGGACUUCAGGCCAAUGUUACGCUCCCCAAGGUGAAUUUGUGUUUACUACAAGCAUCAGUGGAAGAAUCAUCAGGCAGUGCUACAGGAAAGAGUGUCACCCAUGUUUCCUUAGUGGCUUUGUGCUUUGAUAGGAUUGCUACACGUGUUCGUAUGAACAGAGGUGUGAUUGAGGAGUCUACAAACUGUGCAGAAACUAGGAGAAGUUCUGUAACUUUUGAUAAGUAUGUUCAUACCAGUAAAAUGCAGCCUCAGUCCUCUGGUUCCCUGAGAUCCAAUGCUGGAGCAGAGAAAGGGAAAGAAAUCGCAGCUAAGCUUAACAUUCACCGCAUUCAUGGGCAGCUCAGAGGCCUUGAUACAACAGAUAUUGGGACUUGUGCAAUAACAGCUAUUCCUUUCGAAAAAUCAAAAGUUCUUUUCACCUUGGAAGAACUGGAUGACUUCAGUUUUGUAGAUGAAACUGAUCACCAAGGAAUUCCAGAUGUAACAAGGAUAGGUCCCAGUCAAGAGAAAUGGGGCUGGAUAAUGUUUGAAUGUGGAAUUGAAAAUCUAACAAUAAAAGGGGGCAGACAAUCAGGUGCUGUUUUAUACAGCACAUUUGGAAAUCUAGGUAAAUCUACAGCCACAGAGAGGGGUGGACUUCUUGCAUCCAACAAUUCUUCAGAUUCUCCAACUGGGAGUGGUUACAAUACUGAUGUGUCUGAGGAAAAUCUUCCUUGUGAUCAAACAAGUGCUGCUUCAGAUAUUCAUGUAAAUUCUGUUUCAGAUGAACAGGAUGAAGGAGUUGAAUCAGAUGACCUGAAAAAAGACCAUCCAUUGAGACCUCCCCCACCCGAUUCAAGUAGCAUGAAGCUGACAAUCAAAGAAAUUUGGUUCAGUUUUGCUGCUCCCACAAAUGUGCGCUCUCCUGCCCAUGUAUUUUCAAGGCAACUGAACCUUCUAAGCACUGCGACGCCUGCUGUUGGCGCUUGGCUUGUUCCUAUUGAUCAAGUGAAGUCUUCUUUAAAUAAAUUGGAAACAGAAGGAACAUUACGAGUUUGUGCUGUUAUGGGCUGUAUAAUGACUGAAGCUUUAGAGAACAAAAGCGUCCACUUUCCUUUGAGAAGCAAGUACAAUAGGCUCACUAAAUUAGCCCGCUACCUACAAGAAAAUCCUUCAUGUUUGCUGUGUAAUAUCCUACACCACUAUCUUCACCAGGCAAACUAUUCCAUCAUUGAGGAUGCAACUAUGAGCGAUGGCCUUCCUGCUCUUGUAACUUUAAAGAAAGGUCUCAUUGCCUUAGCUAGACAGUGGAUGAAAUUCAUUGUUGUAACACCAGCCUUCAAAGGGGUGAGUUUACAUAGGCCAGCUCAGCCUAUGAAAAUCCAGUCAACUGUACCCAAUGAGCAAGAGGAUGGCUUUGGUUUAGACAAUGGAGGUGGUCUUCAAAGUGAUACAAGUGCUGAUGGAGCAGAGUUUGAGUUUGAUGCAGCUACUGUCAGUGAACAUACAAUGCUUUUGGAAGGAACUGGUACUCGCCCCCCACCUGCUGGAGUAUCUUCUGGGCCAGUGACCGGUGCUGAGAUUAUGAGAAAACUAUCAAAGACUCAUACACAUAGUGAUUCUGCUCUUAAAAUAAAGGGUAUUCAUCCAUACCAUUCCCUGAGCUACACAAGUGGAGAUACAGCUACAGACUCACCAGUGCAUGUUGGACGUUCUGGAAUGCUUAUCAAAGAAAGCCCCAGGAAAGAAAGUCUGCUCAGCUACCUGACAGGAAGUUUUCCUAGCCUACACAAUCUCUUGGAAGGAACUCCUCAGAGAAAUGCAGUAGCCCCUAAAAGUAGUUCUUUAACAAGAACAGUGAACACAGUGCCCUCUGACAUGUUGUCAGAACAUCCUUUAUUAACUGAGCCAUCAUCAGUGAGCUUCUACAAUUGGAUGUCAAAUGCUGUGGGCAACAGAGGAAGUGUGGUUCAAGAAUCUCCCGUCACCAAAUCUGGACACAAUAGUCUUCCAACGGGUGUAGCCCCAAAUCUUCCUACUAUACCUUCAGCAUCUGACUUCAAUACAGUACUUUCCAGUGAUCAGAACACAAUGGAUGGAACACAUUCGCAACGCAGUACCAGUCAGGAUGAUAUUGUUGGUAUAGAGGAAGGCAACCGUGGAUUUCCUGCUGUUCAGCUUGCUGAUGCCCAGGUUGUUUUCAAACCUCUUCUGAGUCACAUAGGAAUACAGUCUCAGGAUGCAGUGCCGCUGUGCUACCGGAUGUACUUUGGAGAGCAUCUUUCCUUCUCAGGGACUCUGGAUUGCCUUAGAGCAGACAUUGUGGAUUCAGAUACAGCAAAGGAAAGAAGAAGCAAAAGAGCACGAAGGCAAGGAGCAGUUAAUCUCCCUCCCCUUGAAUUUAAACCUGCAUUAAUGUUGGAAACAUUCAGCCUGAGUGCUGUUAUAAUGGAGAAAUCAGUUUGCACUCCUCAGAACCCCACCAGUGCCCUUGCCUUUCAUGACUUCAACAAACGUCAUUAUAGCACUUUUCACUGCAAUUUUACAAUCUCUUGCCAGUCUAUAAGCCAGCAUGUAGAUAUGGCACUGGUGCGUCUCAUUCAUCAGUUCAGCACCAUGAUAGAUGAUAUCAAAGCUACACAGACAGACAUCAAGCUCAGCAGGUACACAGCUGGUUCAGCUUCUCCAACGCCGACCUUUAAAACUCGCAAGCACAGAGACUUCCGUUCUUCUGACUUCAGUCGCAGCUCUCGAGGGAGCCUCAAUGGUGGCAACAGAGUAAACAAUGCAAAAAACAAACGCCCGAAUAAUGAGAACAAUAAAAAAGAAUCUCGAAACAAGAACUCCCUUGGGAGGUCAGAAAGAAGAACUUCUAAAGUAUCCAGGAAAGGUUCAAAGGAUGUUGUUGAUCAUGUGACAAUUCAUAUGGACGAUUCUGAUUCAAUUACUGUAUCGGAGCAGAGUGAGCCUUCAGCAGAAUGCUGGCAAAACAUGUAUAAAUUGUUAAAUUUUUAUUCUCUUAUCUUGGAUCCAACAGGGAUUUUAGAAAAAUCUUCUGAAACAUUUUGCCCAGCAGGUGUUCGGAGUCCUACUGAACCUCCAUGUAGAGUUAUAUUUGAGAAUGAGCAGGAUAACAGCAGCUUAAGCAGAACACAGAGGAAGCGCAGUUUAGUCACAUCUGAACCUCAGCAUGUGACCCUGAUAGUCUUUGGAAUAGGCAUGGUGAAUCGAACACAUCUUGAAGCAGAUAUUGGUGGGCUAACAAUGGAAGCUGAACUGAAGAGAAUCCAUGGGAGUUUUACACUCAAAGAAAAAAUGAAAGAUAUACUUCAUCAAAAGAUGACGGAGACAAGUGCUACCGCUCACAUAGGUGGUGUUAAUAUUGUUCUGCUGGAAGGGAUCACACCAAACAUUCAACUGGAGGAUUUCCCUACAUCACCAACAAGCACAGCCAAACAAGAAUUUCUAACGGUGGUGAAAUGCAGCAUUGCCAAAUCACAGGCUCUUUACAGUGCCCAAAGAGGGCUGAAAACAAAUAAUGCUGCAGUAUUCAAAGUAGGUGCUAUUAGUAUCAACAUUCCUCAGCAUCCAGCUACCCUUCACAGCAUGAUGGUGCGGAGUUCUCAUCAGCUUUCAAAACAGAUCUCUGACCUCAUCAGACAGCCAUCUACAGUACCACAGCCUGCAAAAGAAGAUACUGCAACUCCAUUACCUGCAGAAAAGACACCUACAAGUGUAAACCAGACACCUAUUGAAACCAAUGAAUUUCCACAGUUGCCUGAAGGCUUGGAGAAGAAGCCCAUUGUUCUUAAAUUCAGUGCCAUGAUUGAUGGAAUUGCUAUUGGAGCAGCCCUCUUGCCAUCCUUAAAAGCUGAGUACAAGAUGGGAAGAAUGAGAAGCCAUGGAAUGACAGGUGCACAAACAAGGUUUACAUUUGAGUUGCCAAAUCACAGGUUGCGAUUUACUUCUAAAGUCUCUGCCACUGAUAUGUCUACCAUCCCUCCAUCAGCUAGUCUUAACCUUCCUCCUGUAACAAUGUCGGGUAAAUACAUUAUGGAGGAGCAUGACAGCUAUACAGAUCAGACAUGGAGUAUUGAUGAACUACCGACUAAACAGGGUUAUUAUCUACAGGGAAAUUACUUGCGUUGUGUUGCUGAGGUUGGUUCAUUUGAACAUAAUCUUACAACCGACCUUUUGAACCAUUUAGUUUUUGUACAGAAAGUAUUUAUGAAAGAGGUCAAUGAAGUAAUACAGAAAGUUUCUGGAGGGGAGCAGCCUAUUCCUCUUUGGAAUGAACAUGAUGGGACGACGGAUGGAGAGAAGCCAAAAAUUCUCCUCUACUCUUUAAGUCUGCAGUUUAAGGGUAUCCAGGUGACAGCCACUACACCAUCAAUGAGGGCUGUAAGAUUUGAAACAGGAUUGAUAGAACUGGAGCUGUCAAAUAGAAUACAAACAAAAGCAAUGCCUGGUAGUAGCAGCUACUUGAAGCUCUUUGGUAAAUGCCAGGUGGACUUGAAUCUGGCAUUAGGACAAAUUGUUAAACAUCAAGUUUAUGAAGAAGCUGGAUCAGACUUUCAUCAGGUUGCUUAUUUUAAGACUAGAAUUGGAUUAAGAAAUGCCCUCAGAGAGGAAAUCAGUGGCUCAUCAGAUCGUGAAGCUGUGCUCAUCACUUUAAACAGACCAAUUGUUUUUGCUCAGCCUGUGGCUUUUGAUAGAGCUGUGCUUUUCUGGCUGAACUAUAAGGCUGCUUAUGACAACUGGAAUGAACAGAGAAUGGCCUUGAAUAAAGAUGUUCAUAUGGCUACAAAGGAAAUAGUUGACAUGUUACCUGGAAUCCAGCAGACAUCUGCUCAAGCAUUUGGAACGCUCUUUCUUCAGCUAACAGUUAAUGAUUUAGGGAUUUGCCUGCCCAUCACAAGUGCACCACAGAUUCAGAGGCAGGGGCACAAGAUUAAUUUUGGGGGACAGAAAGAAACACAGAAUAAAUACUAUUCUAACCACUCAGCUGAUUUGGACACGGGCUCUGCAUUAGUCUUGACCAUUGAAAGCACUUUAAUUACUGCCUGCUCUUCAGAAUCUCUGGUUAGCAAAGGUCAUUUUAAAAACUUUUGUAUCCGCUUUGCUGAUGGAUUUGAAACAAGCUGGGAUGACUGGAAGCCAGAAGUACGAGGAGAUCUAGUCAUGAAUGCUUGUGUUGUUCCAGAUGGUACAUAUGAGGUGUGUUCAAGGACAACAGGGCAGGCAGCUGCAGAAAGUAAUAGUGCUGGAACAUGGACUCUUAAUGUGCUGUGGAAGAUGUGUGGCAUUGAUGUGCACAUGGAUCCUAACAUUGGGAAAAGAUUAAAUGCUCUGGGAAAUACACUUACAACAUUGACUGGAGAAGAAGAUUUAGAUGACAUUGCUGACCUUAACUCUGUUAACAUGGCUGACCUGUCUGAUGAAGAUGAAGUUGAUACAAUGUCUCCUACUGUUAGUAUGAAAUCAGAUGGUGGCCCACUAUGUGGCGAUGUACACAAGCUCACUUUUGGGCAGCGGAUUGUAAAUCACCUGCUGGGUUUGAGCCCUAAAAGCCAACGUUAUUCUGUUCCUGUAGAAUAUUUGUCGGGAUCAGCGACGAGUGAUGCUACUGAUUCUAACUGUUCACACUUAAAAGCGGGCAGGUCUUGCUCAUGGGGACAUGAGAAUGCUGAGUGUAGAAGGCAGGGAACAGCUAACAACCAGACAGGAGAGCAGAGAGGAAGAAAGUAUGUCAAACGUUUAGUAGACAUAAGGGAACUGAAUGAACAAGCCAAAGUAAUUGAUGAUCUGAAGAAACUGGGUGCGAGUGAAGGAACCAUAAACCAAGAAAUUCAACGUUAUCAGCAGCUGGAAUCAGUAGCUGUAAACGACAUUCGACGAGAUGUCCGCAAAAAACUGCGCAGGUCAAGUAUGAGGGCAGCAUCACUAAAAGAUAAAUGGGGACUAGGCUACAAACCUAGCUAUAAUCGAUCAAAAAGCAUCACAUCUGGAAGACCACCUCUAAAAAGAAUGGACCGGACAAGUACACGUCUUGGAGAGAGUGAAGAACUUCCAGAAAUACGAGUAGAUGGUUCAUCUCCUGGACCCAGAGUAACUUUCAACAUACAGGACACAUUUCCUGAGGAGUCAGAAUUGGAUCUCUUGUCAGUAACCAUUGAUGGUCCAUCCCAUUAUUCAUCCACUAGUGAAGGAUCAUGCUCAGUAUUCAAUUCACCCAAAACUCCAGCUGUCUUCUCACCAAGCAUUCCCUUCCAGCCUGAAGAAGGAAGACGAGAUGAAAGUUUGUCUUCAACAAGUGAAGAUUCGGAGAAAGAAGAAGACCAUGAGAGAGAGAAGCCUUAUUUUUACCGAAAAGCACAGCCUGUUUCUCGUAAGAAAGCAACAGGUUUUGCUGCUGUUCAUCAACUGUUUACUGAACGGUGGCCAACAACUCCUGCCAACAGAAGUGUGACUGGCACAACUACAGAGAGGAAUAUUGACUUUGAGCUUGAUGUGAGAGUUGAAAUUGACUGUGGGAAAUGUGUUCUUCAUCCAACAACACUUCAGCAAGAACAUGAUGACAUAAGUCUAAGGAGGAGUUAUGAUCGGAGUUCUAGAAGUUUAGACCAAGAGUCUCCUUCAAAAAAGAAGAAAUUUCAAACUAACUAUGCAUCAACUACUCACUUGCUGGCUGGAAAGAAAGUGCCAUCAUCUCUGCAGACAAAGUCAAGUGACUUGGAGACAACAGUAUUUUACAUUCCUGGUGUGGACGUAAAGUUACACUACAACUCCAAGAUGUUAAAGACUGAAUCACCAAAUGCAUCCCGAGGUUCAUCUCUGCCAAGAACCCUUUCUAAAGAAUCCAAGCUGUAUGGUAUGAAAGAUACUGCCAUGCCCCUUUCUCACCUCAAGGCUAAAACUUUACUUCCUCCCCAACCCCCACCCAUCCCAUCAGCCAAAGGAAAGGGAAGUGGUGGCAUAAAAACAGCAAAAUUGUAUGCUUGGGUUGCACUCCAGUCUUUACCUGAGGAAAUGGUGAUUAGCCCCUGCCUGUUGGACUUCCUAGAGAAGGCCCUUGAAACCAUUCCUAUAACUCCAAUAGAAAGGAACUAUGCAGCUGUUAGCUCCCAAGACGAGGAUAUUGGGCAGUUUGAUAUGCAAGAUCCUUUAGAAGAGUCCACAGCCUCCUUGGUGUCCUCAUCAGCCUCAGCAUAUUCCUCCUUCCCUGUGGAUGUGGUGGUUUAUGUAAGAGUUCAGCCCUCACAAAUCAAGUUCAGCUGCUUACCUGUAUCAAGGGUGGAAUGUAUGCUGAAACUUCCUUCCCUUGAUCUUGUAUUUUCUUCUAAUCGAGGGGAGCUGGAAACUUUAGGUACAACCUGCCCUGCAGAAAAUGCUGCACAAAGUGGAUCAAAGAUUAAAACUGUAUCACCAGGUUCAUCACCUGGUCUGGGCAGCCCCUUUGGCAGAACACGGCAUAGCAGUAGCCAAUCAGAUUUGACUGGUUCUAGUAGCAGUUCUUCAGGACUGAGCUUCACAGCUUGCAUGUCUGAUUUCUCCCUUUAUGUAUUUCAUCCGUAUGGAGCAGGAAAGCAAAAAACCAGUGUUACUGGCCUAAGUGCUGGUUCUGGGUCCCUAGGAAACGUAGAUGAAGAACCCUCUUCAGUUACUGGUCGAAAAGAUUCAUUGAGCAUUAAUCUUGAGUUUGUGAAAGUUAGUCUAUCAAGAAUAAGGCGUUCAGGAGGUGCUUCCUUUUUUGAGAGUCCCUCUACAAGCAAAACUGCAAGCAAGAUGGACACCACUUUAAUAAACAUAUCUGCUGUUUGUGAUAUAGGAUCAGCAUCUUUUAAGUAUGACAUGAGGAGACUAAGUGAGAUUUUAGCCUUCCCAAGAGCCUGGUACAGAAGGAGCAUUGCAAGGCGCCUUUUUCUGGGUGACCAAACCAUAAAUUUGCCAGAAACAUCUGGUCCUGGGACUCCAGAUUCUAUUGAAGGAGUGAAUCAACACAUGUCUCCUGAAUCGUCACGAAAAGCAUACUGUAGGACCUGGGAGCAGCCCAGCCAGUCUGCUUCGUUUACCCACAUGGCUCAGUCACCUAAUGUUUUCAAUGACCACAGCACAAGCAGUAAUAUGUCACCUGGGACAGCAGCUCAUAAUUUAAAAUCCCCAGCAGUGUCAAGAUCCCGAAGUGUAUCAGACUCUUCAGUUCCCCAGAGAGAUGCACUCUCAAAAACUUCAACUCCUUUCAAUAAAUCAAACAAAGCUGGAGGUCAGCAAGUGACACCAUGGGAGACGCUAGUCGUGUUUGCUAUGAACUUAAAACAACUAAAUGUCCAGAUGAACAUGAGCAAUGUCAUGGGAAACACUACGUGGACUACUAGUGGUUUGAAAAGCCAAGGUCGUCUAUCUGUGGGUAGUAACAGGGAUCGGGAAAUCAGCAUGUCAGUUGGUUUGGGAAGAUCCCAUUUGGAUUCUAGAGGAGGCGUGGUUGGAGGUACCAUAGAUGUUAACACUUUGGAGAUGGUGGCUCAUAUUUCUGAACAUCCCAACCAGCAACCAAGUCACAAAAUCCAAAUUACCAUGGGCUCUACUGAAGCACGUGUUGACUAUAUGGGAUCCAGUAUCCUAAUGGGCAUUUUCAGUAAUGCUGACCUUAAGCUUCAGGAUGAAUGGAAAGUUAAUCUAUACAACACUUUAGAUUCCAGCAUUACUGAUAAAAGUGAAAUAUUUGUCCAUGGAGAUUUGAAAUGGGAUAUUUUUCAAGUAAUGAUUUCCAGAUCAACUACUCCAGACCUCAUCAAAAUAGGAAUGAAGCUUCAGGAAUUCUUCACUCAGCAGUUCGAUACCAGCAAGAGAGCUUUAUCUACCUGGGGACCUGUUCCAUAUCUCCCUCCCAAAACUGUGGUCAAUAUUGUAGAGAAAAGCUCACAUCAGCAAUUACUGGAUGCAGCACAUCAUCGCCAUUGGCCAGGGGUCUUAAAGGUGGUAUCAGGGUGCCACAUAUCCUUAUUUCAGAGUCCUUUACCAGAAGAUGGAAUGCAAUUUGGGGGCUCUAUGAGUUUGCAUGGAAAUCACAUGACAUUGGCAUGUUUCCAUGGACCUAAUUUUCGCUCAAAAUCAUGGGCUUUAUUUCACCUUGAAGAACCUAACAUUGCCUUUUGGACAGAAGCACAGAAAAUUUGGCAAGAAGGUUCUAGUGAGCAUUCUACAUAUGUUGUACAAACCCUGGACUUUCAUUUGGGACAUAAUACUAUGGUCACAAAGCCCUGUGGAGCUCUAGAAAGUCCAAUGGCAACAAUCACCAAGAUAACAAGGCGGCGCCAUGAAAACCCACCACAUGGAGUGGCUAGUGUGAAAGAAUGGUUUAAUUAUGUUACAGCUACAAGGAAUGAAGAGUUAAAUCUCCUUCGAAAUGUUGAUGCAAAUAACACAGAGCAUAGCACCACAGUGAAAAGCUCCAGCUUGUUAAGCGGAUUUAGAGGUGGUUCCAGUUACAAUCAUGAGACAGAAACGAUCUUUGCAUUACCUAGGAUGCAGUUGGACUUCAAAUCCAUUCAUGUUCAGCAGCCACAGGAACCUUCAUUGCAAGAUGCCGAUGCUAAGCCAAAGGUGGAAUGCAGCGUAGUAACAGAAUUCACUGAUCACAUAUGUGUAACUAUGGAUGCUGAACUGAUCAUGUUCCUGCAUGACCUAGUAUCUGCUUAUCUUAAAGAAAAGGAAAAAGCCAUCUUUCCACCUCGCAUUUUAUCUAGUCGGCCAGGACAGAAAAGUCCUGUCUGUGUAGUUGAUGACAGCACUACUGAGAGAGAAGACAACAUAACUUACACUACAGUAGAUUGGAGAGAGUUUAUGUGCAAUACAUGGCAUCUGGAACCUACACUCAGAUUAAUUUCCUGGACUGGAAGAAAGAUAGAUCCAGUAGGCGUUGAUUAUAUUCUUCAAAAGCUGGGUUUUCAUCAUGCAAGAACGACAAUUCCUAAAUGGCUUCAACGAGGAGUUAUGGACCCUCUGGACAAGGUUCUGUCUGUUCUUAUCAAGAAGCUUGGGAGUGCACUGCAGGAUGAAAAGGAAAAGAAAGGAAGAGAUAAGGAAGAUCACUGAGGAUAGUAGCAAAAUAAUGUGGCAAACAGUCAUUUUAUAUUUUUUUGUUUUACACUGUGUUCAGUUGUAUAAUUUUAAGUAUGAUUUACACUGAAAGAAUUUAACAGCUUUUUUGCUACUGUAUUUAAAACUUGAUUGACAUUGUGAGUAACUGUUUACUGUGGUAUAUGAUGCCAUUUUGUAUUCAUUCUAGUAUUGCAUGACCAAUGUUUGUGACGAGAACUCUAAAGCUGCUGUUUAGCAUUCACAAUUUUAUGAUGUGCAAUAUUCUGCGUCUUUGAACUACAAAUUAACUGUGAAUUUUCAGAAUUUUUACUGGCCAUAACAUUGAAUACCCUUCUGGGUAAUGUGAUUCCAUGAAUGGCUUCCCCCCACCCCAUUGUCCAUGCAUACUGUAUAAUUUCUGUAUAAUUUAUGAAACUCUGAUUGCCUGUGUGAAAUUAUUUUAAGUUUCUUACACCUUGAAUAAAAUUUAAUAUGUUGUAAA